AUCUUCACCCACGGGCUUAUAUAAGUAACAAUCCACGAAACGAGGACUUUUCGAUUGGCCGCUCCCUCAGGAACGAUCGAGUCUCGGCGGGUUUCCUAGGGUUUUCUGCUUCUCCAAAAAUGACUAAGAGAACUAAGAAGGCCGGUAUCGUUGGGAAGUAUGGCACUCGAUAUGGUGCUAGUCUGAGGAAGCAGAUUAAGAAGAUGGAAGUUAGCCAACAUAGCAAAUACUUCUGCGAAUUUUGUGGGAAGUUUGCGGUGAAGAGGAAGGCUGUGGGAAUCUGGGGUUGCAAGGAUUGUGGAAAAGUGAAAGCAGGAGGUGCAUACACAUUGAAUACUGCAAGUGCUGUGACGGUUAGGAGCACCAUUAGGAGGCUGAGGGAGCAGACUGAGAGCUGAAACUGCAUUCACAAGUUUUUGUCUUUAAUUUUGACAUUAUCAAUCAGAAUGUAGUUCUUGAGAGAUGUUUAAACUAAACAAAAAUGGAGUAUCGUUUUUGUUUUUAUAUUUGUUUCAAUCAAUGCCCUCGAUGCAGACCAUAAGUAUAGAUUCAGCUGGCUA